AUGGUUGAAGGACGAGGGAUUUUCUUUGCAGGUUUGUCUUGCAUUACCAAGCACGAAGGUUUUCAGUCUGUGUGCCUCAACAGGGAUGUUUUGUGGACAGCGCUGGUUAGUCUCCAUGAUCGAGAGAGUGCUGGUCUUCCUGACAGGCAGCAAGUGUCCAACAGGUCAUUGAGAUAUGCUGCAUACAGAAAGUUUAGCUGGUGGGUCCAUGGCUACCUUGGAAAGAGCAUUCGGCGUGCAAUACCAUCUUGUGCAGUCAAGAAAAUUAGAGCUGAAUUUCCCGCACAAUCACAAUCUUGAUGU